AUGGAGGGAGAGUCGCGCCCCCAGUCACGUACCAAGGAUGGUCAAGCCAUCGAGAGUAAGCCUUCAGCGCCAAAUGAACUUGUCACCUCGGCGAAGGAGCAUGCACCCAAGCAGCUUGAGACGAGUUAUGUGGAAGGACUGCCUUUGGUACUUGUGAUGGGUGCUGUGUCCAUUGCAUCGUUCCUUGCACUGCUGGACACAUCCAUCAUAGCAACUGCUAUUCCCCAAAUCACUUCCGAUUUCCACUCGCUCAAAGACAUCAGCUGGUAUGGCUCAGCUUAUCAGUUGUCAAGUGUUAACCUGUUCUUUCAAUGGGUCUAUCUGGCCUUCUUUGCUAUCUUUGAAGUCGGGUCACUUGUUUGCGGCGUCGCCCCCUCGUCGGAUGUUCUUAUCAUCGGACGCGCGAUAGCAGGCAUUGGUGUUGCGGGGAUAUUUGCUGGGGGUUUGACAAUCAUCGCAUCGGCUAUUCGCCCCGAAAAGAGAUCAGUGAAUAUGGGACUUGUGAUGGGAGGUCACCCGUACCGCCCGUCGCGCAAGGUUCCCAAGCGUCUUGACUUGAUCGGAUUUGUUAUGUUCGCGGGCGCUUCUACUAUGCUUAUGCUAGCCUUGCAAUGGGGCGGCACCGCCUAUCCGUGGAGUAGCGCAGUAACAAUCGGCCUGUUCUGCGGAUCCGCUGCCUCACUAACGGCAUACGUCGCUUGGAGCUGGAAUAGGGGUGAUGAAUCUCUGAUUCCGCCGGUGCUGCUGAAGCAGCAAGUAGUCAUUGCUUGCUUCUUCUUGACUCUCUUCAUGAUAGGCUCUGCCCUGAUGUUGUCUUACUGGUUGCCGGUGUACUUCCAAGCAGUUCUUGGACAGAGCCCUAUCGGUAGCGGUGUGAGCAUGUUGCCAAAUAUCUUGGCUUCAGUUGUCUUCAGCAUCGUGGGCGGUAUCAUCAUUAGUAAAGUGGGAUACUAUCUACCCCAGGCAGUCAUCGGUACGGCUCUCUUAACAGUCGCCACAGGCCUCUGCAGUACCCUCGACCCAUACACAUCCACUGGAAAGUGGGUUGGUUAUCAAUUUCUCGCAGGAGUUGGACGAGGUCUUAUGCAACAAGUACCAUACACAGCCAUUCCCCAUUCAUGCUCGCAGCAGAUGAUUCCCAUCGCCAUGUCCUUUAUGGUACUGGCGGGAGCAUCAGCAGCAGAAAUGCGCAAGGUCAUAUCCGCAGAGCAGUUGACUGGAGUCAUCAAGGCUUAUUCACUCAGCAUCGAUCGUGUUUUUCAUCUGGGAACAGGGUCGGCUGCGGCUAUGUUUGUAGCAGCGUUCUUCACAGGGUGGAUUGAUACGCGAGGACAGAAGGAUAAGCACGAGUCUGUACCUGACGAGGCGAGUAGCUCAAAGGAAAAGGCAUAA